AUGAGCUGGGUGCAGCGGCAAUAUAUCUAUGAUUCGCAAGAACACCGACGUGCUCGGUUACAGGCGAGGAAGGAAGGUCUUUGGCGUGGUCUUAGGGACUAUAUGCUAAAGAAAUCGGAUUCUAGUAUUUCGGAGCUGAGCGUUCGGCAUAAGGUCUUCAGAAGAAUCGUUCCGAAAGGCGCAAGUUACGUGGUUGGCGGCGUGGGCUUGAUGCAUUUUGGUCUACUGAAGGAUGUGUUGUCGUAUUUUCGAGGAACGGAAGAGCUGCCCAGACGAGUACCUUUGGCUGGAGAUGAAGAUAUUAGAGAUUAG